UGGUUUCAGAGAAGCCCAGGGCUGUGCUGGCACAGGGGAGACCUGAGCCCAGUGGCCAGGCUGGGUCCUGCCCUGAAGGUGCUUCCUUCCCCAGUCCCAGGCCAGGCUUUGGAGCGAGCGGGCAUCAUUGGGGGUCAUGAGGCCCCUUGGAGCAGGUGGCCCUGGCAGGUGAGCCUGAGAGUCAAGCAUCAGUACUGGCAACACAUCUGCGGGGGCUCCCUGAUCCACCCCCAGUGGGUGCUGACCGCGGCACACUGCAUCGGACCGAUGAAAGUACCCCAUGCAAGGUUCAGGGUGCAGCUGCGGGAGCAGCACCUCUACUACCAGGACAGGCUGCUGCCAGUCAGCCGGAUCAUCCCCCACCCCAACUACUACAUAGUUGAGAACGGGGCGGACAUCGCCCUGCUGGAGCUCGAGGACCCUGUGAACAUCUCCAGCCAUGUCCAUCCGGUCCCCCUGCCCCCUGCCUCAGAGACCUUCCGUCCAGGGUCACAGUGCUGGGUGACAGGCUGGGGCAAUGUGGCCAGUGGACAGCCCCUGCCAUCGCCGUUUCCCCUGAAGCAAGUGCAGGUGCCCAUCAUGGAAAACAGCGUCUGUGAUGAGCAGUACCACGCUGGCCUCUCUACCGCGGAUGACGUCCCAAUUGUCCUUGAUGACAUGCUCUGUGCCGGGAGAGAAGGACACGACU